GCCUGCGCGCUGCUGCGCUUCCGUCUGUGCGGCUGGCACAGGCGGGAGGGCCCAGGUGAGGGGCGCGCGUUGCCCGGCGACGGGCGGGGGGCGCCGCGCGGCCUAGCCCGGCCUCGCCCUCGCCUUCCUCCCGCAGCCGCGCCGAGCCCCUUCCGGCCCCGCCGAGCCCCGCUGAGCGCCGCUGCCGACAUGGCCAGCUCCCCCGUCUCCCGGGUGGUGUACAACGGAAAGCGGAGCGGCGGCCCGCGCUCCCCCGGCGCCGGCAGCGAGAUCUUCACGCCGGCCCACGAGGAGAACGUGCGCUUCAUCUACGAGGCCUGGCAGUGCGUGGAGCGCGACCUGCGCAGCCAGAUGGGCUCCGAGCGCGGCCUGGUCGAGGAAUACGUGGAGAAGAUGCCGAACCCCAGCCUGAAAGCGUUUAAACCCGUCGACCUGGGUGAUCUGAAGAGGAGGAACACACAGGAUGCAAAGAAGUCCUAAAGCGGGUCUUCCCCUGCGGGUCGGCUGCUUUCCUGAGGUCCUCAAGCAGAUUUAAUUUCAAAUUUUGUGUUGAUUUCUUCCUCUGGUCUGUCCUUCUAAAAGCCCGCGGGAGAGCCAGUCAGCUCUGGGGCUCUGGGGUUGGCUCUGAAGCUGCCUGAGGUUGAGGAUGCUCAGGGCCUCACUGAGACUGCCCCGAGCCUGUUGCAAAGGAUUCCAGCCCCCCGCUCAUAGCUUUCUCUGGCCUCAAACUGCCCUUCCCCACUUCAUGCUGAGCAACCCGAUCCCCUGUUCCCCUCCUGUCGCUGCCCUCCGUGCCAGGCUGGGCAGGGCCGAGGCAGAUGUGCUGUUGGAUCGGGCAGCACGGGGUCUUGCUUUCCCCUGUGCACCUCAGCUCCACUGCUGCUGGGGCUGGCCGAGGGUAGGUGGCACAGUCGAGUCUGUUCCUGUGCCUCCCGACACAGGGGCAAGCCCUGUCCAGCCCCGUUGUGCAGCUGAGAGCUGGGAAGCCAUAGCAAGGCUCCUCCCAGUUCCACUGUGGCAGCAAGUUGCUGCCUGGGCUGCUUGCUGCCAGAGCACGUGGGCCACAUCUGAGGUCAUAUUUUCUACCUGCUUAGAUCAGGCCUGGUCCCUGUGGUGCUGGAGGGGAAGGUGUUCCUCUCCCUACAGAUGGAGAGGUGGAGUGUCAGCACUAGCCCCAGGCUUCUGAGAGGUGCUCAGAGGGACCUAGGCCACCUGCAGCCCCUCAGGAGAAAGUGGCCGUGGGGGCAGCCGUGGGGCUGCACAGAGCAAGGCUCAGGAGCUCCUUGCCCUGGCAACGCUGCAGUUUUGUACUAACACCAUUUUCCAGAUGCGCAAACCUUGGAAGACACCUGGCCCCUCAGCUCGCCCUGGGUGGCUGCAGAACUGGAACCACACCAGGGCACUUCCUUAAGCCACUCACUCCUGGCACUGCGUGGAUGGUUCCUGUGUCCUUGCCUGAGCCAGAGAGAGUGACUGGGUCAGCUUUGCCCACCUGAGCUGCUGGGCUGCUCCGUGGGGAGAGCUGGCAGCCCCCUUGCCCACCUGAGCUCCGAGCUGGUGGGGAUGGGGCUGCCAGGCCCGUGCAGCACCAGUGGCUGUGGGGAGGGCUGCAGGGACUUGGGGCUGCCAAUACCUUUCCUUUGUUGAUUCCUUGAGUUGUACUGUACCCUUUCCUUUCUGUGGUAUGUCACUUGAGGAGUGUUGUAAAUAAACGCUGGUGUCCUUUUG